CCAACCCAGAUUACUUCGCUGCUGUCUCCUGUCCUCCGUCUCUGCGCGCGGCCUCAUCCUCCUCCAACCUGGUAGGCGGCAGCCCCUAGCGCCGGCCCUUUUGUUUCCCUCCACCGAGAUCGAGAUGGUGGUGCGCCGCUGCGCCCUAUCCUCCCCAGCUUGGUCGCUGGCCAGCCCCUAACGCCAGGCCCUCCGUUUUCCUCCAGCGAGGCUGAGAUGGCAGUGUCGUGCUGCGCCCCGCCGGCCUCGCCGUCCGGGAUGCUCAGCAGGUGCUGCAGCGCCAUCGUUAGCGGGGUCUCGGAGUCCAGCCCGAACAUCCCACCCUCCAUUCUUGCUCACUGAUCGAUCUCCUCAGUGUUGGAUUACUUGUUGAUUAUAUAUAGGCAGGCUACCGGAGGACGUGCAAGCACCAAGCAGGCGGCAGACUACGCGCUCCCAACCUGCCUGCGAGGACGGAGAAGGAGCAGGAUGCGCACUGUCUGUGAGGCCUGCUGCCACCGGUCGUCCUGCCCCAUGAGCUUCACGAGAAGCGGCUCCCAACAAACAUGCCCAUGGACCUUCAGGAGAGAGAUGAGAGCCUCUUAUUGUUAUACGAGCUCACGUAUUUUUUUAUCUUGAAGAAAUCCUGUGGAAAAUUUAUGUACUAACCUUUAUUAGGAAAGUAUUAUCCUUUCUUUUAUUAAAAAAAGUCAUCAAGAUGAGGUUUAAAGUCCAAUGUCUACAAACAGUGAAACCAUUUCUUCUAUGAUCUAUCUGGCUUUUAAUUAUUGACUGCAACCAAAAACUUUGUUGUCAGUUUAGUAAUGACAUAGCUGAAUGUAUUUGCUAUGACAUGCAGGUAAUUUGCAUUUUUUUACCACUAUCAUUCUAUAUGGAUUCAUACCAUUGUGCGUUCUCUUACCUGGCAGCUGGCACUAAUUUCUGCUGCUUAUGUUAUCUGCAUCCAUCUGCAUCAAGUAUCAUUUUAUGACUAUUGUACCGCAUCCAUAUUGUUCUCAUGUUUAGUAGUUAUCAGAUUGUUUGUAUAUGACGGAUUAGAAAGCCUUAUCACCUAACAUUUAUUUGAGUAUUAAUAUGAUAGUGCCAGAUGUCUAUAGAUUUUUCUUCAGCAAUCUGCGCAACUGAAUCCGCAAUUACCCAGCUAAAAUAAGCUCCUGCUAUUACUGGCUUAACAGUCUCUCUUCGCCAUGUAGAUCAGAAUCGAAGCCUCCUCACCACGCGUGAGAUUUUGUGCAUGGUUGGGAGGGAGGCGAGUCUUCGUUUGUGUCCCUGCUGAGUCUUUUCCUGUUCGGUGAGUCUUCGUUUGUGUCCCUGCUGAGUCUUUUCCUGUUCGUUUCGUCUCUGUUAUGGUUCGUUCCGGUGCUCAUGCUUCCCAGCGUAUUCGCUCCACGUCGUUGGGUUCUUCUUCCUUGGUGGGUUCCUCUUUGCCGGUUGGUGGUGUUGAUGGGAGGUUUCUUGCCCAAGGUGGUUCUGUUCCUCAUUCGAGUGCUGAUGAGGCGCGGCGGCAACGCCAGGCACGGCAAGAUAUCCGUCGUGGGAAGCGCCCUCUAGAUUCAUCGUCCGUUGGAAGGAACGUUUGCCCUGUACUUGAAGAGCUGGUUGAUCCUUGUCUUCUUGCUGUUAGGGGUGCAUCUGAUGUCGAAGUUUUGUAUCGUCCGUAUUUUGUUGCUGGUUGGUUGUCUGGUUCCUCGCGUGGACUGACUCCUUCUGUUCUUCCUACACCUGUUGUUAGUCGUGCUGAUGCUGUUUGGAAUCGUCGGAAGCGAAGGAUUCUUCGAGAUUAUUACACUGGUAAAAAAAGAGUUCCUGCUAUGGAACCGCCAUUUGCUAAGGAAAAUAUAUUACUUCUUAAAGCCGUUUCACGUGUUCGCUCUUAUUAUGGUGGUCCUGAGUAUGUUUGCCCGGUGUGCCAUGCUUCAUUUUGGUUUUUGGAGGGCUGUAAGACUUAUGCUGCCGGUGGUGGUCGCCUUCCAGUGUAUAGUGGCUGUUGCAAGGGAGGCAAGGUGUCGUUGCCUUCAUUUCCAGAUUGGCCAUCUCCUCUUAAGGAUUUGAUUAAGUUUGAUGGAGGUCCUGUCUCUAGCCGUUUCAUGCGUUUGAUUAGAUAUUACAAUUCUAUGUUUUGCUUCACAUCUCUUGGCGCUCGAGUUGAUCAGAGUAUUAAUGUUGGCGGAUCCCUAUGUUUUCAAGAUGAAUGGGGUGGUUUAUCAUCAUAUUGGUCCUCUUAUUCCUUCAGGGAAUAGUGCGCCAAAGUAUGCUCAGCUUUAUAUGGUGGACUCUGCUGAUGAAGUGCAGUUGAGAAUUAGUGCCUUUGAUCGUCAAGGAGCUGAAACGCUUGAUCCUGAUCCAGGCAUUGUGGCCUCUCUUAUUGCUAUGUUAAAUAGGCAUCAUAAAUUGGUGCAUAAGUUUAGAAUGGCUAGGGCAAAUCUGUGUUCUCCUUCUGCUCCUAGGGUGGCUAUACAUUUUAUGGGUGAUGAAGGCGGUGGUCAUGGUGACCGUUUUUCUGGUCCUGCUUCAUGUGAGGUGGCCGCUCUUAUUGUCGGCGAUUACACGCUUGAAUGUAAAAGAUUUGAUGUUAUUGCUGAAACUCGCUCUGGUUUUCUUCAGCAUAUCUCUUCGUUGAAUUCGAGUCUUAUGCCCCUACAGUAUCCUCUAUUAUUUCCCUUUGGUGACAAAGGAUUUCAUCUUGGUAUCAAGUAUAUUGCUACUGGUGGGCCUCAUGGAGAUGGGCAUUGUAAUAUUGGUGGGCGUUUACGUGGUCGUUCUUCAGGAGGGCAAGUAUCUAUGAUGGAAUACUAUAAUUAUUACUUCCACUAUAGACGGGGGGAGCCAAAUCCUUAUACCUGUUGUGGUCGUUUGAGCCAGCAGGGUGGAUCAACUGGUGAGAAUUUGGGGAUUCAGUUUAUAUUACAUUCGAGUUUUACGGGUGGUCCUUGGUACAUGAUGCUUAAUUACCAUGAUGGUAUGGCUAUUUGUCGCGAAUAUGGUGCUCCCGAUCUUUUUGUCACUUUUACAUGCAAUCCAAAGUGGCAAGAAGUGAUGCUCUCGCAUAUGAAGGUGGUCAGACUCACGUUGAUCGUCCUGACGUUGUUACACGUGCUUUCAAUAUAAAAUUUGAAGAAUUUUUAGAAGAUGUAAAGAAUGGAUCAGCAUUUGGAGCUAUUCAAGCUUAUUUGUAUGUGGUGGAAUUUCAAAAGAGAGGGCUUCCUCAUACUCAUACUCUUAUCUGGCUUAAAGAGAGUACGAAGGAUCCUUCGCCUGCUUUUAUAGAUAAUCUGGUGUGUGCUGAGUUACCAGAUCCAAUGGUUGACCCUUCGGGAUAUACACUUGUGGAUGAAUUCAUGGUUCACGGCCCAUGUGGUAUGUUAGAUGACAAGUGUCCUUGUAUGAAAGAUGGCACUUGCUCAAAGCGGUUUCCAAAGUCUUUUAACAGUGAGAUGAUGGUGGAUGAGAUGGGGUUUCCUGUAUAUCGUCGACGCCCCUCUGCUAAUUUUGUUCUUAGAAAGAAGGGGACUCUUCGUUUGAAUAAUUUGGAAAGAUGGUUAAGGUGGUUCCGUCUCUUGGUCUAUGUAAUGGGACACGUUUGAUUGUCACUCGCCUUGGCCACAGAGUUAUAGAAGGUGAAAUCAUUACUGGUUCACAUAAAGGGGAACGAGUUUGUAUUCCGCGUAUUGUGCUUAAUUCUCCUGGGUGUAAAUGGCCUUUCACAUUGCGUCGUUGCCAGCUUCCAAUUCGGCUGUGUUAUGCGAUGACAAUAAAUAAAAGUCAAGGGCAAACUUUAUAUAA